CAGACGAUCACAAUAACAGGAGUGAACAUCGUUGGCCAGGCUCCGUCUAUUUAAGCCUCAUCGUUCGCUGUUCUCUCAGUUUUCGUCAUUCAUCCAAAUGGUGAUUCCCUUAUUCCCUUCAAUAUUCUAUUGACCAGGGCCCUCUCCACUCCGAUGCCUAACAUGAAGCUCUUUGUCGGACUUGUUACACUUGCGGCCACCGUUGUGGGCCAAAAGCUCUGUGAUAAGUACGACAGUGCUAGAAGCCCCCCAUACUCGGUGAACAACAACUUGUGGGGAGAAUACCAAGGUACCGGCUCCCAGUGCGUGUACAUUGACAGCCUCUCCAGCGCGGGUGCGUCGUGGCACACUACUUGGAUCUGGAACGGCGGUAAGGGAACGGUGAAGAGCUACUCUAACUCAGGCGUGGACUUCGAGAAGAAGCUCGUAAGUGAUGUGCGAACCAUUCCUACCGGGGUGGAAUGGACGCAGGAUAACACCAAUGUCGAUGCUGAUGUUGCAUAUGAUAUGUUCACCGCGGCAAACGUGGAUCAUGCUACAUACAGCGGUGAUUAUGAACUGAUGAUUUGGCUUGCCCGUUACGGCACAAUCCAACCCAUCGGUAAGCAGAUUGACACGGCCACGGUGGGAGGAAGGCCCUGGGAGGUGUGGUAUGGCACCAGCAUCCAGGCUGGUGCUGAGCAGAAAACGUACAGCUUCGUGCCAGUGAACCCGAUCAACAACUACAAAGGGGAUCUCAAAGCUUUCUUCGACUAUCUCUCCAGCACGCAAAGCUUCCCCUCUGCCACCCAGUAUCUGAUUAAUCUUCAGUUCGGAACAGAGCCAUUCACCGGGGGUCCCGCAACGUUCACUGUGUCCAACUGGACUGCCAGUGUCUACUAAGGCAUAGGGGCAUUGGACAAUAGAGGCAUAGUCUUGGUAUAUCUCCAAAGCCGACCGGUAAAAUUGUGCGUUUGGUUCAGAGCGUUGGAUGAGUACGAGCUCGGAUUCUCAAAGGCUAGCUGGAUAGACAGGCCUAUUCAACAUGGGCCCCUACCCUUCUAGAGCAGACGUAGAUAGUGAACAAUGCAACUUAUUCCGCUUUGCGCCUCUGGUGUUCUUAGCACCCCUUUUCUACGGGGGGAAAUUACAGUCGCGUAGGAAAUGACCUUUAUAGACAUCCUGCCCCUGAUCGUUUGACACCGGGCAU